UCCUGAGAAAGUUAGAUCUUAGAAAAAUUCAGAAAGAGUUGAAACAGGCAAGACACAAUCUCUGGAAUAAAAUGGAUGAUAAUGAUUCAGAUUCACCAUUUGUCAUUAAGGCUAUUCUACAAAAAGCAUUUACUAAAGAAGAAUUGCAAAAUCAAGACAACAUCAAAUUUGGUAUCACAGUAGCACAGAUGUUUUUAGAUCUGACUUAUGAUCAGCUUAAAUGCAAAGAAUCUUUAGAAGAUGACAGAAUAGAAGAACUGUUAGAAGAUGAUAGAAUAGAAGAACAAUUAGAAGAUGACAUAAUAGAUCAUGAUUCUGAUAAUGAAUCUAUGGAUUCUAAUAAUUAA